UGUUGGCGCUUCUUCGGCAUAUAUGGGAGGUCCUCAAACCGGUGGUGGCGUUGGUGCGCAGUCUGCCUACUUUGGCGCUGGUGGAGGAGGUGGCGGCGGUGGAGCACGUCCGCCUGCUGGUGGCGCUGCUGCGGGAUCUGUCUACAUGGGCGGUGCAGCUACCGGUGGAGGAGGCGGCGGUUUCCAGAGCGUCUACAUGGGAGGGAAGUGAUGUGCAGCCGAGGACAAAAGAUGGAGAAGAACAGAAGAAGCGUUGUUUGACUAGAUAAUCCCUUUUCCCUUCCAAUCCCCCAUAUAUAAUUGUGUGUUUUUUGUAUUACGCUAAUAUAUAUAG